UUCGCUUGUCACAAUAUACGAUGAAUGAAUGACAUAUUGUGUAUUGAGUAUGAGUAUUUUUCAAAAAUUCAUUACAUUAUCCCUUCUGAUUAUCAAUAUUUUGUUCACCUAUGAAAUAUCAUUGACAGAUACAGAUACGAAUGAAAAUUCAAGAUCGUUGAGACAAACACCUAGAUGUGAAGAAAAGUUAGAAUUUAAAAAUUGCGAAAAUGGGAAUAAAGUAAUUUAUCGAAACGAAAAUUUGAGAAUAUAUGGCAGAUUGACGAGAUGCAGAGACAAGGAAUACAGAAUUGAUUGGAAAUUGGUGGAUAUUAAAACUGGAGAGGCGCAAUUAUUUACUGAUAAUCCCUCAGAAGGAGAACUAUUUAUAGAUAAAUACCAAUUGAACGAAGGCAAAUAUAGAGUUGUUAUCAAUGCUUAUACUGUGAAGAAGGAUCUGUCAAUUUACAAGGAUGAUUGUAACUUGACUGUGAAAGUUUCUCCACCAUUUGCAAUGAUACAGGGUGGAUUCCAACGUUAUAUUGGAGAGGGGAGGGAUCUGCUUUUGAAUGCAUCUGGUUGUAUGGACUACAAUAGUAAAUAUCCCCGUGAUACAAACAACUUUGAGUAUAGCUGGAUCUAUGACUGCGAUACUUGUGGAGGAUUCAUAACAUCGAGAGAGAAAGGUCCCAUUCUUGUUAUUCCUGGUUCGGCACAUAGAAAAGAGAUGAAGUAUUUAAUCAAACUAGGAGUUCGGACUAAAUAUUGGCAGGAAAUGACCUUCGCCAGACAGUUAGUGUAUGUAAGGAAAGACACUCCUGGAAUAGAAAUCAAGUGCGUACAAAAUUGUAACCCUGGACGAGAUGUUAAAACAUUGCUGGCUUUUUGCACCUACCACUGUCCAGCACCCUACAAUUGGACAUGGAGCGUGUACAAGGUUCCAAAAGAUGACCAGGCUAUCAUAGAUGGCAAGGAAGAGUGGACAUUUGUGAACUCUCGUACAAACAAUACGAAUAUGUUCGAGAUCAAUCCAGAUAUUCAGGUUCCUGAUACGGGCUACAUGGUGACAGUUCACUUGAAUGAAUAUAAGAAUACUACAGCCUCAUUUAAGUUCAUAACGACGCCAAAGAAUACUCAUUCUUGUAGUUUAUCACCUGGUCGUGGAACCACUUUACUACAAAAAUUUACCAUCAAUUGUGAUCGUGACUUCAAGGAAACAUAUUUUUGGGUCUCAGUAGCAAUCACGGAAAAUAAAGAACAAGUUCUGCAAUUCGAUUCUUCAUGGGAAUACUUUUCAUUUAUCGUUCCUUACGUUGGGCCUCUUACUUUACAUUGGACAGAUUAUGCUGGUGUUGAAAAUGUUAAAAUAUGGGGUGCUUCAACUUUCUCGGAAAUGGGAAUGAACACUCCUGAUGACAUCGUAGCCUUUUAUCACGAGGGCGAAGACUGUUUGGAUAAUCUAUUACUCGAAAAGGAUUAUAUCGCUGCAUUCGACAAAAUGACUUUAAUAGCUAGAAGCAUCUCUAUGCAUCGGAGUCAUCAGUGUGCGGAUGUUGAUAAAAUUCAAAUGCUAGCUGAUUGUCUGCUCUAUGAUAUUCGACAACUUCCAAUAACUGAUGCUAUGUACGUAGAACAAGCUAUGAGCAUUAUGGAAGAUUUGACAAGUGGGAUAGUUGUUUUCACACCAGAGUAUAUAUCAACAUCUACAGCGUUUUGCAAGGAACUUUCAUUGAAAUAUAGGAAACUGGUAAAAGAUAAUUUUAUACCUGGUAAUAAGGAAGAUAUGUCGUUACAUGCAUCUGUGAGUCAGUUGAUGGUGUGCACCUCUGCAGGUAAUCGUGCCAAUUUUUCAGCAAUUGCAACGAAAGAAGCAAUUGUAGAAAUGACUACCGUCAUGUAUAUCAUUGAAGAGGAUAAUGUGAAUACAGAAUUUUAUGAUGAAUAUAGGGAUGAAGCUUACUCUCUUCAUAACAAAGAAAUGUAUAGAAACGUCUCACAAGAUUUCUUGGAUAUAUGCAACUACAAUGGAAGAGUUCUCAUAAGAGGACUUAAAGGUCACAAAAAAAAAUCGGUAGAUACGGUGGAUAAUGGAAAUUACACCAUAAUCGUGGGCAUGAAAAAAGGUUAUGAAAUGGUAGAAACACUUAUCCGUAUACAAAAAGUUCAAAUAAGAAUUUCAAAGGAUCUAGUUGAUAGCGAUCAUAUGUAUACGAUGAUCCUAUGUGCGACCAAUGAAAAUGUUUUCUGGUGGCAAAAUGAAGUAGAAAUUUUGAGUGACAUCGUAAUUUUUUCCAUUAGAAUGGAUUCAAUGGUAACCGUCACCCAAUUUCGCAAACCAUUUGAAAUGACAUUUGCGCUGCAUAGAUUUGCCACAAAAGUACACUCAUCGUUAGAAUCGUCUGUACGAGCGAAACAUCUCUUGAGAGAACCGAAAGAUCCUUAUGAGGAACAGUUGUCCAUUUACAAGAUAUUAUUAGAGGCUGGAUACUCUUUCGUUGUUGAUUUCAUGGAUUAUGAUAAAGGCGUUUCGCUGAAUGUAGUAUCGGCGACAUUUAGAAGACCACAACUAUCUGAUUUCACACACCACAUGCAGAUAAUUACUAAACAGAGGAGUUACUACGUGAACGAUGAAGUCUACGAUUAUGAUACCUUUCGUUUACUCGCAGUAAUUCCAACUCCUCCGAAUGAGAAACGAAGAAACGAUAGUUUCCGAUUUAAAAUGGAUACAUAUGCAGGAACAUGUGUAAAAUGGCAUGAAGAUGUAGAAAAGUUUUAUCCUCACUGCAAGUCUGAAUUUCUAGAUAUGGCAACAGUUAAAUGUAGAUGCAAAAGAUUAUCAACAAUAACUGCUAGUGUCAAAAAUAUUCCUAUAAAGGAAUUAGAAAAAUAUAUGCCAUUACCUGUAGCGUUAGAAGAAGGGCUCUUCUACGGAGUUUGUAUUAUUAUUGGAUUAAUAUUCUUGGUGUAUUGCAUAUUAAUAUGUUUUGCAGUUAAAGAAGAAGAUUGUACACAGCAAGCCAUAUAUUUACUCAGCGAUGUGAUACGUGAUAACAGAUAUGGAUAUCUGAUCAUAAUAAACACUUCAUUACGUCUUGGUGCAGGGACCACUUCCAAUGUGAUGAUAAGACUGAAAGGAGUUAGAGGUGACAGCGAACCCCAUGUUCUCAACUAUCCCGAUCCACUCAUGUUUAUCUUGCAAAGGCAUGGAGAAGACUGGUUCCUCCUAGCCACUAGAGAUAAUCUAGGCAGAAUAAAAGAAAUUGAACUUUGGAUUGAUGGUGUUGGAUCAUCGCCAUCUUGGUCUUGCAGCAGCGUAGCGAUUCUAGAUCUUCAACAUAAGAUAUGGUACCACUUCAGGGUCUCACAAACAUUCAAUAUAUACCCUAAGCCGAAAAUUUAUCUGAAAUCGAAACCCAAUGACGACAGAAAAGACCACAAUACAAAUAUGAGAGUUAUAUUAGAUCUACUCAAGAAGUGCCUGCCUAGUUUUAAAUUAUUCAAUUUCAGCUUAAAACAAACAGAUGAAACAUUGUCAUAUAUUAAGAGACUAACUUUCAUGUUAUCCAUUGUAACUUCUAUAGCUGUAUGGUGCAUAGUCAUUGAAGGUGUUCCAGAAAGAAAUGCAACUGACACAAUCACGAAACAUUGUUCAUAUACACUCACCAAUUCUGUGCUAAUGAACGGAAUUGGUGCAAGUAUUACAACUGCUUUUUAUCAUCUUUUAAUCAAAUACCUCUUUAUGUCGUCUCGAGUGCAAAUUCCUUUUCAUUCUAUCUCACAGAGAUCUAAGAAAUCUUUGAUAUUUACUGUAAUCUGUUGGUUGGCUAUAAUACUACUGAUUACUUUCAACAUAACUUAUAUAAUGAUCUACUCAGUUUGGAUUCCAGAUAUUAGAGCAAUGUUGUGGUUCACUGAAAUUGUCGUCGGGAUCAUUUUUUUCAUUUUCGUGCUAGACGUGAUCUACAGCAGCAUUGAGAAGAUGCUAUUUAGUGAUAAUCGAAUCAACAAAUACCUCAAAAGAGCAUUCAGAAUGAUACUUGAGGAUAUAGAAAACCAACGGAUAUUGUUGUAUACAGUGUACGGAAAAUACCUUCUAAGACCUUACCUGCGUCAUCUGUACAAACCUUUAUAUGGAGUUGCACUGAGGAUUUUAUGGCACACUGAAAAGUUGAAAUAUGAAAUGAAAGAGUUGAUCGAACAUUUGAUUAUGUUUCUUAUGUAUAUGUGCCUGAUGUACAUGGUCAUCAUGGCAGAUAGGGACUACCGAAGCAUAUAUAGUAACAAACAAGUUAAAAAACUUAUUAAUGGUUCCUCUUGCAAAACAUUUCGAUUCACUGAUGUGAUCAAUCUCAGAACCUUUGAUGAAUAUGUGGAAGCAACUCUGAUAGAAGCAACACAAUCGAAAAAAUGGUAUGGUAAAUUCGCAGUAAAAGAUCCAGGAAUGUCAGCGGAUUACUCAAAUAAGGUAUUAGGGGUAGUUCGCUUGAGGCAGCACAGAUCAAAGAACAAGAGCUGCGAAAUACCAGGUCAAAUGCAAUUCCUAAAAUUACCCUGCAUAGCUGACUCCUUCAAAAUUCAAACCACGAAGACUUAUGGCGAGAAAUGGAAUGAAACAAAACGUCCACCAAGGGAAGGAAGAAUGAAGGAUGUAUGGAAGUUCACAAACAGUAAGGAGACAGGUUCGUCCACAUACUUUGGAAAACUAGGAAUAUAUCCCGGUGGAGGAUAUGUCGCAUAUUUGGGGAGAGGUAUGAAAAACUCACUCAUCAACCUACAAUAUUUGCGAGAAAAUGGAUGGUUGGAUAAAUAUACAAGAAGUAUAUUCAUAGAAUUUAUUUUAUACAAUGCAAAUUCUAAUAUCUUCAACUCAGUGCAAAUUAUAAUUGAAAAAAGUGCUUACGGAUACUUGAGGAAAGAAGUUAAGGUUAUAACGUCGAAAAUGUUACUGAUGUCAAAAGAAAAAAUCAUCGCUGUGCCUAUACUUUUUGGGCUCUUCAUAUUUCUCGUAAUAAUAUUGUCGACAAGAACCGCAAUAAGAAUUAAAAAAACUGGAGUGUGGUUUUUUAAAGAUUUAUGGCAUGUGGUAGAUAUUGCACUUAUAAUUCUCAGUUUGGGAUGUGUCUGUGUGUUUUAUUGGAGAGAGUUAGAGAUCAAACGCUUACUAGAUUCUUUGGAAGGCAUGGAUCCCAAAAGAUUCCCAAAAACUUAUUUCCCUCUCCUGGACCUAGAGAAUAUUUUUCUCGUGUUAUGCACUAUUUUGAUAGCCGUGGCCACUAUAAAACUCUGGUAUCUCUUUCGGUUCAUUAAAAUAAUCAAGAUAGUAGAAAGGACUAUCAAAACAGCUUUUCUGCCACUUUGUGCGUUAUUCUUUUAUAACGCCAUCGUGAUCUUAGGUUUUGCCUCCUUUGCUUUUCCCAUGUUUGUCGACCGCUCGCUCAAAUACGAAGGUUUUCUUAUUACCUUGGAACGUUUGAUUCUUCUCAAUUUCAGAGCUUUGCGAGGUGAAGAGUUGAAGAUGUUGAAAGAGCCUAAAGUUGGAUUAGGUUAUGUCUUUUACGUAUCAUACAUAUUAGCAGUGCUAUUUUUCGACUGUUUCUAUGCAGUAAUCAUCAUUGUUUAUUAUUCGAAAGCUCAAAAUUUUUAUUCAAAUUAUUCAGCAAUAUAUUCGGUUCGGAAUCAUAUCAAAGACCAAUCUGCUUUUUACUACAACGUUUGGAAAAUGAGAUUCAAGUCUUUUAGACUUGGUGGUGGUAGAGAUAGAGCUAAAAAGCCUGCCCUGCCAAUUUCUCCAAAGGCUGAUGGAAGCAUGUAUGCUGAAUCAUCAACUCUCUGCGUAAAUAAACUGAAAGCAAUGGCCUUGAUAAGUUUGAGCGCCAUCAGAAAUUCGAAUCCAAAACGGAAACCUCUUACUCAAAAAGAUAUUCGUAUUAUGACAUACGCUUUGUACUACUUGAGAAAAUGUAAAAGACCUUGUUUGGAUGAUGAAGAAGCCGAAAGGUACUAUAAAGGCCAUAUGGGAAGACAUAAAGUGAAAGUAAUGCACGACUGUGAAAUCAAGAAAGUUGGAGUAGCAACUUCAAUAUUAUUAGGGGAGGGCCUAGCACAUACUCUCAAAGAGCUGAAUAUUAAUAUUAAUAAUAUUCUAAUGGAAGAAAAUAUUAUUCAGAUGAAAAGAAUGCAGAACCAUUUAUCACUUAUGUGGGAAACUGUUAAUAAAAUCAGUGUGAAAGUAAUUUUUCCUGAAAAUAAAGCAAGUGAUGUGGAGGAUAUAUAACUGAUAUUUACAAACGGAAAUGAGUAUAUUAUAUAUUUUUAAAGAGGCAAAUGUAUUCGUUAAAUCUAUUCAAUAUAUUAUAUUCAACGUU